UCGGUUUUAGGCAAACAGAUUAAUCUGAAUUAGUUAUCUAACACUAGAAGAAGAUUGAAUCUCAACUUUUUGUUUCUUACCUGAUCGCAUAGAUGGAGGCAUCACAGGGCAACCAUCCAAACCCUAACCCUAACCCUAACCGGAAUAAUUCCGUUGCGUCGUCGGUGCCGGUGUGGCCAACCAUCGACGGCCCAUUGGGCCUGUCGGAGGAAGAAUCAGUGGGCUACGCUCGCAGGUUCUACAAGUUCGGCUUCGCCCUUCUCCCUCUCCUAUGGGCCGUCAAUUGCUUCUACUUCUGGCCCGCCCUUCGCCACUCUCACUCCUUCCCCCGCAUUCGCCCCUAUGUUGUUGGAUCUGCAAUUGGGUUUGCAGUAUUUGCGACACUUCUCAGUUCUUGGGCUCUAACAUUUGCCAUUGGAGGGGAACGUCUCUUCGGCCCUGUUUGGGAUCAAUUGGUUAUGUACAAUCUUGCUGAUAGGUUAGGCUUAACAGGCUGGAGCUAGUUUUGUUGUGUGGCACCUCUGAUACAAAAUAUUUUGAUCCUUUAUUACCAGACUUACCUUCUUCCCUGCUCUGCUUCGUGAAUUUCAUCUGCAUUACUUAUAUACAUUUGACUAUAUUCUGUCAUUGAAUUAGUAGUGAAUUUUAUCUUCCUGUCACAGUUGAUAGAUAACAAGCAAUGUUUUGGAAGAUGAUAUAGAUCUUGGUGUCUUUACUGCA